GGUAGAGUGUGGACGGAUUUGUGAUGAUGCGAUGACGUCUGUCAGUAGUGAUGUGAACACGAGUAAACUUAAGUUCAGUGUGGACAGUAUUUUGGGGAACAAUGAUUCAGUAAGUCGUGUUGGCAGUGGGCCGGCUACGGAGUGUGCGCGUGCGCAGGAGCCGCCAUGCGCCGGCUGCGUGGCCGCGCUAUACCGCUGCUGCAGGGACGAGCCGCCGCUGCUGCAGCUGCCGCUCUCAGUGCCCUAUGCACACUUACAUCCGGCGCUUAGACCUACCACAGUAUACAGACUGCCCCUUCCUCGAGCAUCAUCACCACAACAGACAUCUUCUCCGCGCUGCGAUGUCUCAUCUAGUGGCAAGAGGAAGCGAUCUUGGUCGCGCGCCGUCUUCAGCAACCUGCAGAGGAAGGGCCUCGAGCGACGCUUUCAGAUACAGAAAUACAUCACGAAGCCCGACAGGCGCCAGCUCGCGGCCACUUUAGGACUUACUGAUGCUCAGGUGAAAGUAUGGUUCCAAAAUCGUCGUAUGAAGUGGCGGCAUACGAAGGAGGGCCGCGCCGGGCUGGGCGGGAGUUUGGGCGCCAUCAAGGACCCUGAUGCCACCCUCAUCCCCGAGGACAACGAAGACAUUGACGUCGACACUCUUAGCGACUAGAAGUAGACUUGUUAUAAUCAUUGUAAGUUUAUAUGCAAUUUGAUAACAUAAUAGAGGUACAGAACUUGUACUAUAAAUACAAUUUUUGCGCAGUAGUUGCUUGCAGAAAUGCACUAGUGGAAAAUGGUCGUUAUGAUAUUAAUAAAUAAGAAAUUAUAUGUCUGUAAAUUGUAUAUUUUUUAUAAUUAAACUACAUUUUAUUUAGAAGUAACAUACUUAGAUUAAUUCAAUAACUGUACAGUAACUAGGGCUUCCAAAACAUUCGCCUUGUGUAGACAAAACCAACAUAUUAAUUUAAGAAAAGGUUUGGUAUAUUCAUGUCUACUUUUAAAUAUUUUA